AUACGCGGGCGCACCAGAUGACCAGAAUAACAACAGCACGCCGCGGGCCGCGACCGACAUACGCCGCAUCAGUAAUUCACACAGAUCGCGGCGACGUCACGCUGGACAUCAAUUUAAUUGUAAACAUGAGUUGUCGCAACAAAGCCAUGGAUUUGGUUAAAUGUUGUAACAUGUCCAGUGCGCCCUGUAUAUAACGCGCACCGCCGCCACUAGUACACCACCCGCCCGGCCGAGCCGAGCUACCAACAUGAGAACCAGCGUGAUCAUACUAGUGCUGGCAGUGAGCGCGCUGGCUGCGGCCGCGCCGAGUGUCCGGUACAGCAGGGUGGUGUACUCCGCGCCGCGCUACUCGGCCGCCCUCGUGCGCGCCCCGGCCGUGCUCUCCGUCAGCAGGGUCGUGGCCGUGCCGCGAGUGGUGACGGUGAGCAGAGUGGUGUCGGCGCCGCUCGUGGCGCGCUACGUGCUGCCCGCGCCCGCUCGCCUGGCACUCGCCUGGUAGCCAGCCUCCGCUCAACUUGAGGCAAUACGUGGCAAUACGCAAGCAGAGGACAGACAGUUCCGUUCCACCGAACCUUUAUUUUUUUAACAAUAAAAAUUAUUAUUAUAUUUUUUACAAACUUUUAUUUCGCACACAAUAAUCUAAUAAUCAGUACUUUCACUAGUGGUUUAUUUUGAACUGCGUGACUAAAUUCGUAGCCCGAUCACGAAAGAAAGAUAUGUAUAUCAAGGGCCAUUUAAAGAUGUUUGUAUGGUUUUUAUUUGAUGUUUACUUCCUGGCAUUAGAACUAAGGAAUAUAAGACUGUCAUUAUAUAGACUGUUUUGCAGCUGUAUAUUAGCUGUUAUAAUAUAUAUAAGUAUGAGAGUCUGCAGUAUGGCACGCAUGCUGUAUGGUUGUGCGCUCUGGGUGACGUCCUGCGACUGGCAGGCGUGGUGGUACUGUAAGUGCAGCCAAGCAGCUUCAGCCAGGAAGCGAAGUGGUGGAAUUAUACGCAACUAUAGCACGCAACGCGACGUCAGCUGAAACUGAAGUACAGCGUGCGCAGGCGCCGCCAGUCAGUCGAGUUCGUACCUCGCAUCCAACAUGGACGCACGCACGCAACUGGUGAUGCUGUGCGCAUGCACUAUGGCGCUGGGCGAGCCGUUCGGGCAGGCGCUGCCCCGGCGCAGUCGCUACGGCACGUACGCCGACGAGUACUCGCGCGACUUCGAGCCGUACUACUUCGCGGCGGUACCGCUGCACGCGCCCGUGCCCGUGCUGCGCGUGCUCAGCCCGGCGCCGCUGCAGAACCGCGAGCGUGUGCUCACAGCGCCCUCGCGGCACCAGCCCAUGUACGCGCGUGCCCCGUACCACGACGCCUCGUACGAGGUCGAAGCCUACGAACCGCCGCAGUAUGACAGGUACGCGGCCGCGGCCAACCAGCUGAGCCAGUCGCCGCCGCUGUACGUGGCGACGGCGAGCAGCGGCGCGGCCGACGAGCCGACCGUGCUGUACGCGCGGCCCACGGCGCAGGGCGGCUACACGUACCACGCGGCGCCGGCGCUGCCCCGGCCCGGGCCCGCCAAGCGCGCCCCGGCGGCCGACUCCCCUUAUAUGAUAAGAGUGCACAAGUACAGGGUCGUCAAGGAUCGGUAGUCCCUACACAUGUUGUUCAAAUAUCCAUAAGUAGUGCGUACACCUAAUACAACUGACCAUGUACAUAUUAAAGUAGUACUUACAGUAAUUCAAACAUUAUUUAUUGAGAUACACCUCGCUCCACGUGUAUCUUCUCGUAUUUAUCGUAAUUUUAAGCUACAUUUAGUUUCGUUUGUAAAACUACUCUGUAGAACAUAAGUAAUAAAUAAGUUACAAUAAGUCUCAUGUACUCCUGACUACACAUGCCGCUGCCUGCUUGUUGUAUUGUUGCUGCGAUGUCGAUAGCGCUGUUGUACGACAGUGUAAUGUAUAACUGUGUUACACGUGCUCAUCAUUGUAUGUGUGUACCACAAUCCAACGCUCAGUCGCUAUAUUAUAUCGUCAUAAAUCUCCAUUACGAUAUUCCUCCGUUUUACAUUUGUAAGAUAUUCACAAGGAAAGCUCUCCCGAGUAAUGUAAUUCAAUCGAAUUUAUUUAGAUUUAAGUAUCUAGUAAUUAAAUAAUAUAUCUAAUUUUGA